UAACAGCUCCGGGCGGGUCUCAGCCCAGCCCCCGGCCCGGCACUAGAGCUCCUCUACUCCCAGGCGUCCGGACUUCCUAGCACCAGUCCGGUGGGGGCACGGGCAGGACGCCUGGAUUCUGUCCUCUGCACCUCCAGGUCCCAGCAGCGCCUUGUCUUGCCCCGCGGGGUAAAUCUACCCCACCCGUCACAGCAGAGGCCCCGCCCCGCCCCGGUCCCAGCCCGCGCCCGGCGCUGCCCCGUAUUACUCGCUCAGUGUGUCCGAGAGAUCGCGCCGCUGAGCCGGCAUGGACCGCGCCCGCCGCCUGCUGCUCCUCGGGCUGUGCCUGGCACUGGGUUUGUGGGGAGUCAUGGUCCAUGCUGAAGGCAUACGUGAGAACUGUACCGAGAUCUGCCCGGAAAAUUCCUUCUGUGUGAAUGCCACCCACUGUACCUGCCAGUCUGGGUUCAAGUCCCUCACUGAGGCGCUCUACUUCCUUGGCGACAGCGACGUCUGCGAUGAUGUGAAUGAGUGCACAGUACCUGGUCCACCGAAAUGCGAUUCCAAUAAGCAGUGCAACAACUUCCCUGGUGGAUUCAAUUGCACAUGUAUCCUUGGAUUCACGGCUGAGCCAGGCAAGGAGAACUUCACAAAUACCAGUGGCACCGUGUGCCAGGACAUAGACGAGUGUGUGACACUGGGGCAUGACGUGUGUGGACCCAAUGCCACCUGCAUCAACAUCCCCGGGAGCUACAACUGUGUCUGUGCUGUGGGGUACCAGGCUGAUCCCAGCAAGGAGAACUUCAUGGGGUCCAACAACAACACCUGCCAGGAUGUGGACGAGAGAUGCUGCUGUGCUCUGUUGGCUUCACUCAAGCUGCAGCUGUUUGGUGCUUUUUACUGACAGCUACAGGUUUUGUUUUUUUGUACAGACUUUGCUGAUUUUUUUUACUGACAGGAAAUUUUACUGACAAUUAGCAACCCACCACUACC